UCACAGAAGAAGGUCACAGGCACGACAUUCAAGAUGGCCGCUCCCUUGUGUCAGUGUUAUCAGAUAUGUGUAAGAAGAGGUUUGGUGGCUUUUCCCUCUUCUUACCUGCUGCUGCCCAACAGACCCAACAUCUACAGGAUACAUGGGUCCCUCAGAAGAUCUCCACAGGUGCUUCAGUCCCCUCUUCUACAGGUGAGGUACCUGUCGGGGGAGAGGGGUGGCGGCGGCAGAAAAGGCUUUCUGGGGGAGUUUUUGGACAACCUUAAGCAGGAGCUAAACAAGAACAAGGAAAUGAAAGAAAACAUCAAGAAGUUCCGAGAAGAGGCCAAAAAACUGGAGGAGUCAGACGCGCUGAGACAAGCUCGAAGGAAAUACAAAAAUAUAGAGUCUGAAACAGUGAAGACCUCAGAGGUUCUCAGGAAGAAGUUAGGAAACAUUUCCGAGACGGUUAAAGAGGGACUAGAAGAAGUCAGUCGUACAGAAAUUGGGAAGAAAAUCAAAGAGGGAGUGGAAGAAGCAGCAAAAACAGCCAAGACCUCUGCAGAAAGUGUCUCUAAGAGUGGAGAGAAGCUGGGGAAGACCGGCGCGUUCAGAGCAAUUUCUCAGGGCAUGGAGAGUGUGAAGAAAGAGAUUGGUGAUCUGGGUCACACUGGUCCAUAUCGGCCUCCAGCCAGACUCCGGAAGAGGACCGAGUUCUCCUCCAAAGGGUCAGGAGACGACAGCAAAGUGUUUGAAGCCAACGAGGAGGCUAUGGGUGUGGUGCUCCACAAAGACUCCAAAUGGUACCAGCAGUGGAAGGACUUCAAGGACAACAACGUGGUCUUUAACAGGUUCUUUGAGAUGAAGAUGAAGUACGACGAGAGCGACAACGCCUUCAUCAGAGCAUCCCGCGCCGUCACCGACAAGAUGACCGACCUAAUAGGUGGGUUGUUUUCAAAGACUGAGAUGUCUGAGGUCCUAACAGAGAUUUUGAAGGUGGAUCCUUCUUUUGACAAAGACUCCUUUCUGAAGCAGUGUGAACAAGAUAUCAUCCCCAAUAUACUGGAGGCGAUGAUCAGAGGAGAGCUGGAGGUUCUGAAGGACUGGUGUUAUGAAGCGACGUACAGCCAACUUGCACAUCCAAUCCAGCAAGCCAAGGCCAUGGGGCUUCAGUUCCACUCCAAGAUCCUGGACAUUGACAACAUCGAUCUGGCCAUGGGGAAAAUGAUGGACCAGGGCCCGGUGCUGAUUAUCACCUUCCAGGCUCAGUUAGUCAUGGUGAUCCGAAACACCAAAGGAGACGUGGUGGAGGGAGACCCUGAUAAAGUUCUCAGGAUGAUGUACGUUUGGGCUCUGUGUCGAGACCAGGAGGAGCUGAACCCGUACGCCGCCUGGAGGCUGCUGGACAUCUCCGCCUCCAGCACCGAGCAGAUACUCUGAGACUCUUUGAUACGCACAGAAACACCCAGGGAGAGAACACCGUGCAGCGAACGGGCCUCGGACCGGGCUGGAGGGUUGGUUCUGGUGGGGAGAUGGACUGACGGGGAGUAGUGCUGCUAAACGCUAGCUGCUUCACUCUCGUUUGGUUUUUACUACGCUUGCUUUGGGUUCACUCACCGUGGGUUUCCUGACCAUUCCUCUGGCUCACACUAGGGGGCAGUAGAGCACCAACAACACUCACCACAGUCCUUCCUGCAUGAACGAGGAUGCUGCACGACUGCCAGUGUUAAAUGAUGAGUUGUUUCACAUAGCUAUUUUACUAUGAAUUUGAGAACAAUUGACAUGGAAAUCAUGGGAGUAGUUUUGUAACUUGGGGUUGGAGGUAGUUUCUUAAAGCUAAUAAGUCCAUCUCCUUCCUCUGGGAGGCAGUGUUUCCUUAGCGGUUGGUGCCAACCAGCGCUCUGCCAUCCUCAUCUUCAAGGCUCUCAGUCCUUGCUUGUAUGAUAAUCGUUUAAUUGUUAAACUGUGAGAAAGUCUAUAUUUAUUAUGAAGAAUAAAGAUGAACCCUGUUUCCACAUAA